CAGGGUCUGGGCCUGCCUUUUCCCCUUGUUCAUCCAGUCACUGGUCUCCCUGAAAAAGGCCGGGCUUAAAUCUAACCUACUGGUGGAAGACAAAGGAAGAAAAAAAUGUCUCAAAGGCAAAUGAAGGCAGCAUUUGUCAGCAACCUUAAUGGGACUAGCUUAUUGGAAAUUUCAGCUGGUUUGACUUUGCCCCCACUCUGUACUGUGUGUAGAGGUCUGAUACUCAUUCUGUUACAACUCCACCAUGUAACCUUGUCAUGGAGAUGGAAAGCUCAUUUUUUUACUGACUUUGCUAUACUUAUAGUGCCCUUGGUAGCUUCUUGCACCAUUCUUUCUUCUGUGAUUUUUCUUGUGCCACCUAUCUUAACCAUUUUAGGUACAUUGUUAUUCUAUAAGAUAUAUAGCAAAAGGCACUAUUAUGCCAAGGCACCUGCCCAGAAAAUCAUUUCUGCAUUUCUAAAAAUCAGUGUAGAUUCCAAAAACAUUCCAUCUGUUACUAUGUUCCGUGUUUAUAUCAAUCUGGCCACUGCCAUCAGCAUCCUGGCUGUGGAUUUUCCACUUUUUCCUAGACGAUAUGCCAAAACAGAGGUCUAUGGAACAGGACUGAUGGAUUUUGGAGUAGGAGCCUUUGUUUUUGGGAAUGCUAUCAUUUGUCCAGAAGUUAGAGGAAAACUUGGGGCCAAACAGUCCAGGUGUUAUUAUCUUGCAAAGCAAUUGUUCUCCAUUUGGCCAUUAAUACUCCUAGGCCUAGGACGACUAAUCAGUGUAAAGUCUAUAGGCUAUCAUGAACAUUUAUCUGAAUAUGGAGUUCAUUGGAACUUUUUUUUUACUUUAGCAGUAGUUAAAGUUGUGGCCUCCUUACUCUUGAUUUUUUUCCCCCUAAAUAAAUCUUGGAUUGUGGCUGUCAUCAUUGCCGUAUUGUACCAAAUAUCUCUUGACUUUGCACAACUCAAGAUGAUUAUUUUGCAUGGGAUUGAUCACAAAGGCACAAGAAUUGGUUUCCUAAAUGCAAACCGUGAGGGAAUCAUCUCCACCUUUGGAUAUGUAGCCAUAUAUAUGGCAGGUGUACAAACUGGAUUAUAUGUAUUAAGGGUAAAACCUCUUCUCAGAGACUGGAUUAAAGUGGGAUGUCAUCUGUUACUGACAGCUACCACUUUCCUUGUAUUUCUUUAUGUAUGUCAAACAUAUAUAGAUGCAGUUUCCCGAAAAAUGGCUAAUUUAGCCUUUUGCAUUUGGAUAGUUGCUUACAGCUUAACAUUUCUCAGUUGGCUGAUAUUAGGUAAUGUAAUUUUGGUCUUCACCAAAUUCUUAUUUAAAGGAGCUACUGUGCCAUGUUCUUGGGAUCUCAUCCAGACAAUCAACACAGAUAAAAAGUCUUCAGAGUCUCUGGCCCACCAGAAUGGAAGACAGCUGCCAAGCCUUUGUUUAAUUGCUGCCAUUAACCGAAACCAGUUACUUUUCUUCUUGUUGACAAACAUCACGACAGGCUUAGUCAACAUGACUGUUGACACUCUACACUGUAGCUCCUCUUGGACUUUAACUAUACUAUACUUGUACAUGAUUAGUAACUGUUUAAUUAUGUAUGUCCUGCAUAUACAGAAUAUUACUGUAAAAUGCUGGUGAUUAUUGGGAUGAAAAACGUGUCAAGAAUAUCAUUUUGUAACUCAAUGGUUAAUUUUACCUCAGAAUUACAAACUGUCACAAAUACAGGCUUGUGGCAUCAUGCACUAAUUCUUAUUUACUAUACCUUAACACUGUACAUAGUACUAGAUACAAGGUAGAAGCAGAGCUUCUGAAAUUUUCCAUAGAUAACAAUGGUAUUCCAGUCAAGGCACAAGGUUCCUUCAUCAUAGCUCAAAUUUAACAAAAUCUUAUACAAUUUUUAGCUUAAGUAUAAAAGCAGUCAUUCAAAUCUUGCACUGGUAUUCUAAAAUGUAUAGUAUAGAGUGAGAAUAAGUUCUCAAAAAAAAUGUAACUAUAUAGUAUAAUUUACAUACCAAGUGAUUAUGAAAUAUUAGUUAUUUACUUUUCAGAUAUAGCUACUUACUAAAAAAGAAAUACCUUUAGAUAACUAGAAUGCAGUCCAUUUUAAUGAAACUAACUUUAUUUCAUCCUCUUUUAAUGAUUUAACAUUAUUACUUCCCCACCCUGAAAAUAAGAGCUGGGUUCCUUUGAAAAAAUUGUAAAAUCUUUUGACUGCAAAAGACAGUAACCUUAUAUUGACCUUUUGUAUUCCUGAAUGAAAAUCUGUGUAUUUCAGAUUCAUUUUGAGGUAAAAUCCAGAGUAAUUUGUAUUUGGCAAGGAAUCUGGAUUAAUUUAUUACAUAGGCAUAUCCAUCCAUAUUGAAUUGUAACUCCAGCUGAUUUUUUAUAAUGUUCUCUUUCAUUUAGUUUUGGGCCUAUUCUAGUCUCUAAUCUGAAAAAGCUAUUUUUUAUCAUGUUAUGGUAAAAAGUGUUGUAUUUCAGUUAAGGAAGAAAGGUUCAAAUACUGUUCCCUGAAAAGUAAAAGCCAUGGGCAAUUUACCUUUCUAGGCCUCAGUUUGCCCAUGUGUAAAAUGAAGAUAAAAUCAUCUACCUCCUAGGACUGUUUUGAGGAUCAAUUAACUAUGUAAAAUGUUUUGCAGACCUAAAAACACCAAAUAAAUUCUAUCUAUUAUAGCUUGAAUAA